CAUGGCGCCCGCUCAGCGUGUAAACAACAACAGCGUCAAGUUGAAGUAAACUGGACCGGAGUGUCGGCCUCUGUACCAGGACAUUUCCGAGCAACAUUAGAAAUGUGGUUUUCAAUAAUGUAUUGAAGGUGUAACCGAUUGUCAUCCAUCCGACAGGCCAUCAUCCUCCAGUUUAACAGCCAUGUCCUCACAGCACCCCAUCAGCUCAACUGCCAACAGCCCCACCAACGUCUUGGCCUCUCCCUUCUCGGUCAUCAGUCCUUCACUGAGCUCUCCUGGUUCCACAACUCCUCUGGGCUUUGGCCCCAUAAGCAGCAAUCAAGUCAAUUCUUCAGUGUCUGUUUCGGGGAUGCAGCCAAUCAGCAGCUCAGAUGAUGUCAAGCCUCCGUUUGGCUUGAGACCCAUAUCAACUCACAGUCCUGGGAUAAUGCUCUCCCAGAAACGCCUAUGUGCCAUCUGUGGAGACCGCUCCUCUGGCAAACACUAUGGCGUGUACAGCUGUGAAGGCUGCAAAGGCUUCUUCAAACGCACUGUGCGCAAAGACCUCAGUUACACCUGCAGGGACAACAAAGAGUGCCUGGUCGACAAACGCCAGCGCAACCGCUGCCAGUACUGCCGCUACCAGAAGUGCCUGGCCAUGGGCAUGAAGAGGGAAGUGGUCCAAGAUGAACGCCAAAAAUCGGUUCAGGAGGAGCGACAGAGGAACCGCGAGCGGGAGGGAGAGCUGGAAUGCAGUGUCACCGUGAACGAGGAGAUGCCCGUGGAGAAGAUCCUGGAAGCGGAGACGGCUGUGGAGCAGAGGACUGAGCUUCACUCUGACGGAGGCUCUGCAGCAAACUCUCCCCAUGAUGCUGUUACCAACAUCUGCCAGACUGCAGAUAAACAGCUGUUUGCCUUGGUGGAGUGGGCAAAGAGGAUUCCCCACUUCUCUGAGUUGCCCCUUGAUGACCAAGUCAUUCUUCUGCGUGCAGGGUGGAAUGAGCUCCUGAUUGCUUCCUUCUCCCAUCGCUCCAUUGCUUUGAAAGAUGGCGUCCUGCUUGCCUCUGAACUGCAUAGGGACAAUGCACAUAGCGGAGGAGUUGCAGCCAUUUUUGACAGGGAGAAUGUGCAGAGUGCAGAGGUGGGCGCCAUAUUUGACAGGGUUCUUACUGAGCUUGUCAGUAAAAUGAGAGACAUGCAAAUGGAUAAGACAGAGCUUGGCUGUCUCCGAGCCAUAGUCCUCUUCAACCCAGAUGCUAAAGGGCUUUCCAACACCAGUGAGGUGGAGCUCCUCAGAGAGAAAGUCUAUGCAUCACUGGAGGCCUACUGCAAGCAGAAAUACCCAGAGCAACAAGGAAGGUUUGCUAAGCUCCUCCUUAGACUGCCAGCACUGCGUUCCAUUGGCUUGAAGUGCUUGGAGCAUCUUUUCUUCUUCAAGCUGAUUGGUGACACGCCUAUCGACACUUUUCUCAUGGAAAUGCUUGAAGCUCCCCAUCAGCUGUCCUAGACUGGAGAGCUGUACUGUGGUCAGGGUUAGAUACCUGGGUCUGGGAACGUGCUGGAGUGGGACUGCACUUUUAGUUCUUUGAUGAUUCAACAAUUUGUCUCACAGCUGUCUGGGUUACACUAUUUUUAUUAAGUGCACCACAGAUAUGCUUUUUAGAUUGCUGGUUCUCAACUCCAGUCUUUGGGACUCCGUGGUAGGGCUGGUUUUCUAUACUGCCAGGUACUCCAUUCUUCUGAUCAGGGGUUUUUUAGACCUGGUACAACAGGUAAAUGUGAUUUAAAAACUAUCUGACAGGAUAGAAAAUCAGCAGGACUGGGAGAUCCCAAGGACUCAAAUUGAGAACUACUCCUUUAGACCAAAUCCAAGACUUGCCAUAUCUACAAGCUGGUGCUAUUGAAAUAUAUUGAAAUAACUUGAGUAAUUGAGAUUCAGUAUUUUUGAAAAUUGGAACGUUUAGUUCCCUUACUGAAGCUAAAAUUUUGGGUAUGGAUUUUUAUAGAGCUGAAUGGUUUUUUUUCUUUAUUUUAUUUUUUUUUUGAAACUCCCCAAAUGAUAAGCUUCAAUUUGUCUCUCCACGGUCCCUAAAAAAGCUAUUUUUUAAAAUAUAAAGGUAACCCAGAUGAUGGUUAUGCAAUGAGGAUGUAGGGUUUUUCAGCUUUUUGUAAUUCAAAAUUCAGAUGAGAUCUUGAAAAUACUGAUUGGAAAUGCUGUUUUAUUUUUCAGAUCUUGGUAUAGUAUGUUACUGUACCAAACAUUUACCGUGUACUGUGUCCGACCAUAGCUCCUAGUGUGUUUGUAUCCCUCAGAAAUGACACACAAAAAAAAAAAAUUUAAAAAUGCAGUGUUGGAACAGUAAACCUGGGAUACGUAACAAGCGGAUGGCUGCAUCCGAACAAUGCCAGACUUGUUUGUACUGAUUGAGGAGUAGCUUUAUUUGUCUGGUAAUACACAAUUUUUAGCGGUUUUAUGUUACUUGGCAUUUUUUGUAAACCUAAUCACUUCGCAGUGGAUGAAACAGACUGCACUGCCCACCCCCUGUGUACUGUUGUCAAAUGACCGGCCCACAAAUUGGCUGGCUGUUUGUACUUUGGUGCUAUGAAAGAGAUAAUUUGAAUUUUAUUUGGUGCAGCCAAAUUACAUACAAAAAAUUAUGCAAGAAAUGAAAAUUCCGCAAUGUUAAAUGUAGCAAUACAAAAUGUCAACUGCAAAAGCUCGCUCUGCCUGUCGGCCUUUUCAGGGCUUUUACAAAGCAAAUCACUUGUCUUGUUGAAGAGGAAAUGCUCCGUUGUGUAAUUUAUCUAAAAAAAAAAAAUUAAGGUACUGUGCAAGAAAUUAUUCAGGGAAAAUGCUUUAUAUUGAUCUGAAUAAUGAAAUCAGAAGACAAAAAUUAAUGUACUACGUCCCCUUGUUGUGUGUCUUAAGUUUUCGGCUGGUGUAAAGCAGAACAGCGGAACGUGUCUUAGGUUGCACUGGAUUUGCUAAGACUCAUUCAGCUGAAUCUUGGAAAAUCUUUUGGCUUUUUGACGCUUCUUAGUUUUAUUUCCCUUUUUUUUUUUUUAGAUGUCUUGUAUGUCUUAGUUGAUUUUAAAGGAAAAAAAAGAAGCUAUAUUCACAUGUCCAGAUCCAUAACACCUGUGGACAUACAGGAACAUUGAACAAGACCAAAUGAGUUCUGUAUGAAGACUGUGUGAACAUCAGAUCAACUGUAUUGAUGUAUUUGUCGUGACCUCCAACACUCUAGAACAGUUCAGUGACUUGCAGCAUGGGUUGUUUGGACUAAAAAUAAAGAGGCUGAACUUG